UGCCGUUUGAAAGUUACUUCUGUUUGAAUCUGCCGUUUCUGUUUUGAAUUGUCGUCGGUUACGGCAUGGUCUUUUCCAGUAUUAAUUUGCAAAUUUUCCGCGUUGUAGAGCAAUGAAAAGUGUGUGGAAGAAACUUGUGCUUAAAUGGCUCAACUGCUUUGGUGUCGAUUCCGUUAAAAAAGUGAAUGAUGUCAGAGAAAGAGACUUCUUGAAAGCUUUGCCGUCUAGAUCUGUUUCUGAAAACAACAAUGAACCAUUUAAGCAGCUACUUCUAUUCCUGCAUGAGCAUUACCCCAAGUAUGACUCCAGAUUAUUGGAUCACACUGACGUGUCAUGGACCCAAGAAGAAGACCUUUAUCUCAUAGCGAGUCUCUUGCUGCUUCAUGCCUCAAUUUUCGACCCUUCACAAACAUUUCAGCAAAAUGCUACUUCAAUGCUAAAUGGUGCGGAGCAAAACCUCAUUGUUAGGUUUCUCCAAGGAGCUAUGUGUUUCGAGCAACAGUUGACACGUCAGAAAUUAAUGGAUUGCAUUGAAGCUUUAGACUGUGAGGAUGUGACAAUGGGUAACACUCUAACUGUUCCCAAAAGACGAUCCCUGAAUUUAACUUCCUCUCCAGCAUCAAAUGUCAAAGCACCUUUGGAGGAGUUUUUAUCUUCUCCAGUUGCUCGUCAAAAGAGACUGUCUGUUGGAACAAGGGAUCGAGUGCUUAGGCUGGAGGUUAAUUUGGAGCAAGAACAGACAGAGAAACAGGACCUGCAGGAGCAAGUGAAAAAACAACAAUCUCAGAUAGCAGACUUGGUUAAGAAAUAUCAAGACAAAUUGGAAGAAAUUAAGGUUCUUCAGGAGGACUUGAGAAAAGCUGAAGAAGGCCACGAAGAGUUAAAUGUUCUUAAAGGUUUUGAGAAAGAGGAGAAACUUCGAUUGUGCCAAAGUCUCUCGGAUUCAGAAAAGUAUGUUCAAAAACUAGAAGAUGACAUUGAAUUGAGGAAAACAAACGAAGAUCUGCUGAAGCAAAAACUUUUAGCUGCUGAAGAAAGAUCUUCUGAAGUUGCAGCAAUAUUAAAAGUCACAAGAGAUGAGCUUGGCAUCUUAAAGCAGCAGAUUUCUGAGCAGACAGAAGAAAACGCAGAGCUCAGGCUGAGGUGUUCCCAGUUAGAAAGAGACUAUAAUCAAAUUCAGGUCUUGUCACCAAGACGGCCAUCUCUUGCUCCCCUUUCUCCGUCUCCUGCUCCGGAAAGUCUUGGAUUCAUACUGGAGAAAGAAAUGAUGGAGAAGGAGAAUGAAAAUAUACAGCUUCAAAACAAUAUCAAGGAUCUGACUAGUGAGCUGCAGAAACUUAAAGAAGCGUAUUUUGAACUGGAAAAAAGUCAUGAUGCAACAUUACUCUCUCAGAAGAAAUUUGAAAUAAGAAUUGAAAACCUUCAGAAAUCCAUUGACAAAACUACUGAAGAACUCUUUACCUGCAGGAGUGAAAAAGAGGACAUAAAUUCUCGCUUUUCAGAAAUGUGUAGAGCCAAGGAAAUUUUAGAAGCAAAAGUUAAAGAAAUUAAUGCUGAGAAGGACACCCUGUCAAAUGUGCAAACAUCCCUUGAAAAAUCAAACCGUGACCUGGAAGUACAAUUGGCAUUACUAACUGCUAAACUAACAAUAGCAGAAGAAAGGGAACAGGAGCAGUGUGAAUUUGCUCAAGAGAAGAUCGCUCAGUUAAGCAGCGCCAAUCAAAAGAUCAGUGAGAUGGAGUUUGAGUUGAAGAAGUCUAUGAAAAGUCAGGAAGCAAUUGAACAACAGUUAAAUGAUGUCAAAAAAAAAUUAAGUGUAGCCAAAAAUGCUGAGUUGGAAAAGAUUGACUUAGAAGAACAGGUCAAUACUUUAAGGAAUCUAAAUGAAGAUCUAGAGAAGAAGAUGGAACAUUCCCUCUCUGCACAGAUGAAUUUAGAGAAAAGACUGCAAAAUGUGUCAGAAGAAAGAAAAGCUUUUGAGGCACAGCUGGAAGAUGUCCUGCAGAAAAGAAAUGAUCUCUCUGCAUCUAUUCAUAAAAUAACUGCUGAGAAAGCCAAAGUGGUUGCAGAAAAUACUGCUCUUCUGAAAGAAAAGGUUCAGUGGGAAGUCCAGCUUCAAGGUGCGUUGAAGAAUGCUCAGGAAGCUAAAGACCAAGCUGCUCAGGAGGCUUCCCAGAAGAAAGUCACCACAGAUAAGUUAGAUGAAGUAUUAGCCUCAAACGAAGUGUUAAACUCUCUGCUUUCUAUUGCAACUCAACAAGAAAGUGACCUCAACCAAAAAAUUGAACAAAUCACAAAGCAGAAGAAAUCCGUUGAAAAUCAGCUUUCCUGCAUUUUGAAAGAAAAGGAUAAGUUGGAGUUGUCAUUGCAAGAGCAGUCUUCCAAAGUGAAUAAAAUCAGUGAAGAGAAUGAUUCAUUGAACCAAAAUCUAUCGGCAAAGGCAAUAGAGGCUGAAAAUUUGAGGUCCAAUUUAUCUUUACUUUCGAGUGUAAAAGAGAAUUUGCAGACACUGUUAGAUUCUGAAACUGCUGAAAAGCAAACACUUUGUUGUCAAUUGGCUGCUGUUAGGCACAAAAUGGAGUUGGAGAGCAAUGAAGUCGCUCAGCUAAGAAGCGAAUUAAAAGAAUUACAUCAGCUAUGUAAAGAUAAAACAUCUGCUAUAACUGACCUGGAAAUGGAGAAGAAUGACUUGGAAGACGACUUAGCCCAUUAUGUAAGCAGUUUAAAUGCCACAACACAAGAGAAUUUAUCCCUGAAGGCUGAAUUAUCUUCACUGAAGGAGGAUAAAGAUAAGAUCUCUUUGGAGUGUAGGUCUGUAACUGAACACCUUUCAGAUCUGGAACAGAAGUAUGAGCAACUUAACUUCACUUUGUCUUCUGCAACUAAUGAAAAAGAAUCUUUGCUGGCCCAAUUAUCAACUAGGACUAAGCAAAAGGAGGAAGCUUUGUCUAAAUUGGAGGAUUUCCAGAUCAAGCUUUCUGAUCUUGAGAAGCAGCUGGCCGAAUUAAAGGGUGUCAAUAAAGAGCAGGAGCAACAGUUGAGCUCGCAGUCUGUUGAGAUGGCGAAACUUCUGGAGGAGCACGGCCGUGACAGGGAGGAGCUGUCAAAGAGAGUCAGUGGCUUGCAGGAUGAAUGUGAGGAGAAGUGUCAGCAGCUGAGUAUAUUGAGACAAGACCUCGUUGAACUACAGACCACCUCUGAAAAUGUAAAGGCCGAAAAUCAGAAACUUAUGGAAGAGGGGCAAAUUAUAUUGAACAAUAAAUGUGCUUUGGAGGAAGAGGUUGCCAAGUACAUUUCUCAGGUAGAGAUCUUAACUCAGGAAAAGCAGAGUAUGUUAGAACAGUUUCUGACAUCCCAAGCAGAGAAGGAAGAGGCUUUAAAAUCUGUCAAAAAUAACAACAAAACAUUAUCUUCUGAACUCCAGUCAGAACGGGAGGUGAAAGAAGGAUUGCUUUCUGAUCUGCAGACUAAAGAUGGCAUUAUUUUGGAGCUGCAAAAAAGUGGUGACAUCAAAGAAAAAGAACUUUCCAGCUACCAAGAAAAAUUGUCCAUAGCAAAACAAGAAAAAGACACUCUCCAAGAAGAAUUAUGCUCACUUCUGUCCAAGAACCAAGCACUUUCUUCGAGUCUUGAUCUCCUUACAGUUCAGAAAUCUGAGAAAGAAACUGAAUACCUGACACUUACAGAGGAGUUGUCAAAUAAAGCAAAAUCUCUGGCAGAAGAAGUUCAGAGGCUUAGUUCAGACAAGCAGAUGUUGGAGAAGAAUAUUGUUGAAAAUAAUGGUGCGCUAGAAAGUAUAAAGUCCUUGGAAGCACAACUCUCUGAUAAAACUGUGCUUAUUAGUGAACUUGAAGAUAGACUCAAGGCCAAUGAAACUGAGGCUCGAGAAGAGCUCAGUCGAACUGUAAAGUCCCUGGAAGCACAGCUUUCUGAUAAAACUGUGCUUAUUAGUGAACUUGAAGAUAAACUUAAGGCCAAUGAAACUGAGGCUCAAGGUGAGCUCAGUCGAACUGUGAAGUCCCUGGAAGAACAACUUUCUGAGAAAACUGUGCUUAUUAGUGAACUUGAAGAAAGACUUCGGGCCUUUGAAGUUAAGCGUGAACAGGAAGAAAGAGACAUGAAUCAAUCGAAGGAAAGCCUGGAAAAAAUGCAUAACAAGAUUCAGGAGUUGUCCAAUAAACUUCAAGCUGCUAAUCAACAACAAAAAGAAUUGUUUGAUAGUGCUGAAGUAAAUAGAAAGCAAAUGGACCGACAAAUAGAGGAGUUGCAGGGAUCCAUUGAAGUAAAAGAAGAUUUAUUAUCUGAAACACAAAAGUGUGUUGAAAAGCUGCGUUCAGAAAGAGAUACACUCAAAGAACUGCUUUCUGUAAAAGAUCAAAUUAUUUCUUGCCACAAAGCCACUGCCUCUUCUUUGGAAAGACAAUCCAGUGAUGAGCUUGAUGUUGCCAUGAAGCUUCUAGAGGGUGAAUUGCAUACUUCUCAGUCAGCAUCAGAGAAGAUGGCACAGGACUUGAAAGAAGUUCAGAAAAAUUUUGAUGAAGAGAAGAAAAACUUGUUGAUAGCUUUGGAAGAAGCUCAGUCUACUGCUAAGAGUUAUCAAAAGGAGGCUGUUGAGCUUAAGCAACAGUUGUUUGCUCCUCAAGGUCGAACUGAAAUGUCUGAACUUCAACAAGAAGAGCAACAGUGGCAGAUGAGCCGUGUGAAACACCAACAGCAAUUCCAGUUUGAGUCGAUGAUGACUCAAAAAAUUGAUGUGGAAGAGCAUCUAAGUCAACUUCGGGAGAUUAUCAAGGAAGUGAGUCGAACAUGUGACAAUUUGUUUGCUGCCUUACCUACUAACUGUGAUGCUGUUCAUGAAGUGACCAUUAUGAGAAAAGAGGUUGAAAUGAAAUUACGGGCUGUAGACAAGAAGUAUGCUGACAGCUUGUGUGAUAUUAUUUCCCUCGCCCAUGAAAUGUUGAGGAAGUCAAAGAAGCAAACUCAAGAUUCCUUCGCAGACAGUCAAUCUGAUAGUAUGGAACCACUGAUUUCACCUGAAAACAGUAAUAUUGAAGACAGAGUUACUAAGUCAUGUGAGGCCAUGACUUCCUUAAUUUGUGAUGUUCGAUCUGCCAUUAACAGCUGCAAAUUUUUAAUAGAACGCUGUGAAAGUUUCCUUAAAGCCCAGACACGAGAGUCUUUGCGCAUCAAGACAUCUAUCAGUAAGGACAGCAUGGAAGAUGUGGUGUGUGAAAACUCAAAUCACAGUAAUGGGUCUAGAGAUAUUAUUCCUGCUCCAAUCGAACCUUCAAUGCAGAAAGUACUUGGCAACUCAUCUAGCAACAAGAAUAAUGCCCUGAAAGAUACAAGUUUGUUCGGUGGGUCAGCAUCAUUAGAAGAAGCUUACUCACUGAUGAAGGAAUCUCAUGAAGAGUUACAAAAGCAAGUUGCAGACCUUCACAAGCAAAUUGAAGAGAGCAAACUGUCUUCCCUGCGGCCUAACAAUCAUGAGAUGGAGCUUGCUGUUGCCAAAUUACAAGAAAAGGUCAAUGUCCUAAGUGAGCGUCCAACUCAAAAAGAGCUUGAAGACAAGCUGAAAGAACUUCAUGUUCAUUACUCGAGUAAGCUAGAAACUAUGAAAAUCAAAAUGAAACAAAUUGUCAAAGAUGAGGUAGAAAAGGUUGAAGAAGAAAAGAGAGAGUCAGAAAAAGAAAUAGUUGCCAAGUAUAGUAAGCGCAUCACUGAGUUUGAAGAGCAUGUUCAACAGUUGAGUGCACAAUUGUGGAAACUUGGAGAGAAGUUGCUGCAAGAGCAGCAGGAUCACAAGAAUGCUGAAAAAGAGUUGUCUGCUUUGAAGGAGCGUCAACGCCAAUAUUUGAUGACGAAGCAACGCACUCAAUCAUUGGAUCGUCUAGAUGUCAUUUUGCAAGGGGCAAAUAGUGGAAAGUCUUCAUCUCAACUGAAACGACGCUGCAACAGCCAAGUCACUCAGGGAGGACUUGCAUCAUCGAAGGUUCAUCCCAAAAGAGAUCUUUCGCCAGAUGAUGUGGAUGAGGGAGCUGCGAAACGAUCAACUAUGAUGGCACCAGCAUCAAUGGGUUUAGCCUUCCCAGAAGAAGAUGAAGAUGGAGAAAUGUUUAACAAUGACUAUUUGGCUGAGUUGAAAGAAGGGCGAUGUAGGGUACCUUUAGAUGGCAGCAGACUAAGUGAACUGCAGUAUCGCAACUCCCUGUGCCCGCCCCAUCUUAAAAGCUCCUAUCCUGUGGAAACUCAAUUUCAUGACACACAAUCAUGUAAAGAUGAAGACAUCAAGGGUCCAGAGACCAGGGCAAGACGACCAGGGAAGGAUAGAGGAACUACUUCUUACAAAAAGCCUGGCCCUCCUACUCCAAGCAAAAAGGCUGGAAGACUCUCUCUUCAGGGGAAAGAAGACCUGACGCCUCGAGUUGCAGCUCUUCGUGAACACAAUGAGUCCCUCUCAUCCCAGGGCACAGGCAUGCUCAGAGUUGCCAAAACUACUCCAAGCCGACUUAGGGCUCUCUUCACCAGCAGCAAGGUGGCUAAUGCUGCUACUUUGCCUGCCACCAAGAGAGACGAGAGCUCCAACCCUGCCACUCCAACCUCCAAACGGCUGAGCAUUUUCAAGCGAACUUUUGGUGGGAACAAAGAAAACCAAAAUGCAUCCAGUGGGUAUGCUUCAUUCCGCUAGCCUUCCUCACUAACAGUAUUUUAAUUAUGUAUUUUUAUCUUUGUUAGAACUAACUUAGCUAAGUAAAUUCAAAGAAUUGUUGAUAACUUUUAUUAUUUUUAUAAUUUUUCAUGUGUCGCAAGUUUUGCUUGGUAACCAAUAAAUUUUUAUCAAGUGACCUUUCUAAAAUAA